GGUGCGGUGAGCAGGGAUGGGGAACUACAUAAGUACACCACAAGCCAGUGAGAAGCACACCAUCACCAAGUGGCUAAAUCCCCUCCCCCGGCCUAGCACUGUCAGGUGAUUGUCUCCAAUUGGAGUAAGGAAGGAAAUCUGAGCUGAAAAUGUGUGACGACGAAGAAAGUACUGCCCUUGUGUGCGACAAUGGAUCAGGACUGUGUAAGGCAGGCUUCGCCGGGGAUGACGCUCCCAGAGCGGUGUUCCCCUCCAUUGUGGGUCGUCCCAGACACCAGGGUGUGAUGGUGGGAAUGGGGCAGAAAGAUAGUUAUGUUGGUGACGAGGCACAAAGCAAAAGAGGAAUCCUGACCCUGAAGUACCCUAUCGAGCACGGCAUCAUCACAAACUGGGACGACAUGGAAAAAAUCUGGCAUCACUCUUUCUACAACGAACUCCGUGUGGCUCCAGAGGAGCACCCCACUCUGCUGACAGAAGCCCCUCUCAAUCCCAAAGCCAACAGGGAGAAGAUGACCCAGAUCAUGUUCGAGACCUUCAAUGUUCCAGCCAUGUAUGUAGCUAUCCAAGCGGUGCUGUCCCUCUAUGCUUCAGGGCGUACAACAGGCAUUGUUCUUGACUCUGGUGAUGGUGUCACCCAUAAUGUGCCCAUUUACGAGGGCUACGCUCUUCCACAUGCCAUUAUGCGUUUGGAUUUGGCCGGGCGUGAUCUCACUGACUACCUCAUGAAGAUCCUGACUGAAAGAGGCUACUCAUUUGUCACAACUGCUGAAAGAGAAAUUGUCCGUGACAUCAAGGAGAAGCUGUGCUAUGUCGCGCUGGACUUUGAGAAUGAGAUGGCCACCGCAGCCUCUUCCUCCUCCCUGGAGAAGAGCUAUGAGCUUCCCGACGGACAGGUCAUCACCAUUGGCAAUGAGAGGUUCCGCUGCCCUGAGACGCUCUUCCAGCCAUCCUUCAUCGGAAUGGAAUCGGCUGGCAUUCAUGAAACCACUUACAACAGCAUCAUGAAAUGCGACAUUGACAUCCGUAAGGACCUGUACGCUAACAACGUGCUGUCCGGUGGUACCACCAUGUACCCUGGUAUAGCAGACAGAAUGCAGAAGGAGAUCACUGCUUUGGCCCCCAGCACCAUGAAGAUCAAGAUCAUCGCCCCACCUGAGCGCAAGUAUUCAGUAUGGAUUGGCGGCUCCAUCCUGGCCUCUCUCUCCACCUUCCAGCAGAUGUGGAUAAGCAAGCAGGAGUACGAUGAGGCCGGGCCAUCCAUUGUGCAUCGCAAGUGCUUCUAAACGCCACCUUCAACCUGGUUCCCUAAUUCUGCUAUUGCUUCAUAGCCUGUAAACUGUGAACGUACUUCCCUGUUUUGUCUUUGCACUGCCCACAUCUAUUUGGAAUUAAUUAUGUUAAGUCAUGACAAUUUAUGUAGUGUUGUUUUCAAUGGGUUCAAAAGCUUGAAUGUGCUGCCAAUAUGAAGGAUUUGGGAGAUUCUUUGGGAUUACGAGACCCCAGAGAUGAGGAGAAGGCAUGGAGGAACAGGGCUCAUUCUCCCUUUUGUGUUAAAACACAACUGCAUGUCAGCUUUCAGGCAGUCUGUAUGGACAUCAUAUCUCCAUGAAGGAAUAAAGCUCCACAAUAAUAAACUCUA